AUGGGAUCCUCGUACUCCACAACAUCAGAGGAUGUAAAUAUGGUUCAAAAUGGAGCCUCACUCUCUGGUGAAGAAUAUAGGACCUACUACCCAAGAAACUCAGAAGAUGCCGUCGAGAGUUUCAACAUUCUCCGACAAAAGCUGCCAUCUGAACUCGUCCUAGACAUUCUGGAUUUCGCAGAAUAUUGGGUAUUGUCUGCCACCCACAGAGAAGACACCAUGGAUUAUGCUGAAAACGACUGUCGCGACCGAACCCCAUAUUUGACAUCCGAGCCCAUCCAAGGCGAGCGAUUUCCCGUUCAAGAGAUAAGAAUCAACAUCUGCAGCCAUGACCAAGGAUGGAGCAGUUAUCGCGAAGAUCAUGGAUCAUUCAGAAAUUCUUGGACGUGGUUCGACCUUGCUAUUGAAAGGCCACCGGGUCGACCUGAUAUUUCCAAAAAUGAGAACCUCCGUCUGGCGACCAAUGUUCAUGCUAAACGCGAAGCCACGUGUCAUCGGAUUAUCUACCAGAGGGACCAAAAACUCCACUGGAUGCAAAAUCUUCAAGCGGGUGACCGGAUCUCGAUUGUGCCACAGGCCCGCUUUCCUGGCUGGAGGAAUACCGUGCAAGAAGCGUCUAUUGAGAUUUAUACCACCCCUGUUCUGUGA